AUGUCGACGGACAAGCCUCUUCCUUUCAUCUACCAGUUCGCGGCGGGUGCGGUGGCCGGUGUAUCUGAAAUUCUUGUCAUGUACCCGUUGGAUGUGGUCAAGACCAGAGUACAAUUACAGUCAGGGAAGGGAGUCGGAGAAGACAGCUACAAUGGCAUGGUAGACUGCUUCAGGAAGAUCAUCAGGAAUGAAGGCUUCUCGCGGUUAUAUCGCGGUAUCAGCGCGCCAAUUCUCAUGGAGGCACCUAAGCGAGCAACGAAGUUCGCCGCCAACGACGAAUGGGGCAAAUUCUACCGCAAUCUGUUCGGCGUCGCCAAGAUGAACCAGUCCCUCUCCGUCCUCACCGGCGCAACAGCCGGCGCGACCGAAGCCUUCGUGGUCGUGCCCUUCGAGCUCGUCAAGAUCCGACUGCAAGAUAGGGCCCAAUCGCACAAGUACAACGGCAUGAUAGACUGCGUGACCAAGAUUGUCAAGAACGAGGGGCCAAUGACACUGUACCAAGGGCUGGAGAGCACCAUGUGGCGGCACAUCCUCUGGAACGCUGGCUACUUCGGCUGCAUCUUCCAGGUCCGGGCGCUGUUGCCGCCGGCGAAGGACAAGAAGGGUCAGGUCAUGAAUGAUCUCAUGUCCGGUGCUAUCGGUGGGACUGUAGGAACAAUCCUGAACACGCCCAUGGAUGUCGUCAAGUCGCGUAUUCAGAAUUCGCCCAAGGUUCCCGGACAGCUUCCCAAGUACAACUGGGCGUGGCCGGCGCUUGGCACGGUCAUGAGGGAGGAGGGUUUCGGUGCGCUGUACAAGGGUUUCCUGCCGAAGGUGCUAAGGUUGGGUCCGGGCGGUGGUAUCCUGCUCGUGGUCUUCACGGGCGUCAUGGACUUCUUCCGGAAAUGGAGGGGUGAUCAGUAG